UGUGGUUUGAUGCUGCUGUCUUCAAAGCGUAGCUUGGUAACAACACAUGUCCCUUUUACACGUGCUGUUAUCAUCGUGCAUCUACUUCCUUCAUCACCCUGACUGUAUAAACCGGGCGGCGAAACUCCGGUCUUCACUGGCGACUCUGCACGGCACAUCUACAGGAGGAGGAUGCGACUGAGCCCGAUUAUUCUUGUUCUGCUUGUGUGUGCGCUGCUGAUUCCCAGUGGGGAUGGUUUCUGGAGGAGGAGGAGGAGGAGGCCGCGUCCCCCACCGCCAGUAGUCAACACCAACACAAACAGGUGUCACUGUGGGCAGACCUUUGCUGAGAUCCUCAGGGUCUUCCAGGCCUUCUUUGCCCACAAACUGCCGCUGGGUAAACGUCAAGUGUCGACAAUUCUUGAUGUGGACGAGGACGACCCCGACCUACAAGACUUCAUGAACUUGAGCAAACGUGACGGAUUGGUUGACAGUGGUGAUCUGAUUGAGGCAGUAAAACGUACAGCACACAGCACGAGAGCGGUGAACUCCAACACUAACCACUGCCAGUGUGGACGGAUGGUGCUAGAACAUGCUCUCACCACCAUCUGAAUACAGAGCCGUUCUACGUCAUGCACAGUUACCGGAAUAUUGCAAGACCUACUGACAAAUAAAUGAUGCAUCAAAACGCA